UGGUAAUUAAUAAUUAGUAAUCUGCUCUUAUAUUCAACAGAUAAGUUCUUUAUCCUCAAAAUCGAACAUGGAAGACUCAACAAUCCUAAACACGACGACGUAUCUAGAAGCGUUAGCGCAAGGGAACGGUUUAAGCGAGAUAGAGGUUUUAAUCUUACAAGGCUUAGAACUCAUCCAUGUCGGAAAAGGAAUCAUACGAUGUAAACUACUCGUUACGGAUCGUGUCGUGGGAGAUGAUGGAACUUCGCACGCCGGAGUGAUUACGGCGGUGAUGGAUGCGAUCGGUGCUGCUUCUGUCUACUCCACCGGCGACGGACUCCAUUCCUCUGUUGAUCUCAACGCUUCGUUUUAUUCAACGGCCAAGAUUCAUGAAAAAGUAGAGGUAGAAGCAAGAGUGAAGGGGACCAAUGGAAGGCUAAAAUCAUCUGUGAUUGAGAUUAGAAGAGAAAGAGAUGGAGAACUCAUAGCCACAGGAAGGUUGUGGAUGGCUCCACUCAGUCUCAAAGUCAAACACACUGCUUCUAAUCUUAGUAAGCUUUAA